GGGGACCACACAUCACCGAGAGGGGGAGGGGCCCGGGGCUUCCCCUGCUGGAGCUGCGGCCAUGGGGCGUCCUUCCUCAGCGACCCCCACCCAGUCCUGGAUACCCCCUGCCAGCGAGGCCGGGCUGGCUGCUGUGAGUCCCGAUGGCUGGCUGUGUGCCCCUCCUGGCAGAGGAUGCGGGGGGCAGGAGCUGGCUUGUUGAGAUGAAUUGAGGGCAAGGAACACGGUGGCGCUUCUUUAAGAUGACACGAACCGACCCGCCUGACAUACUACUGUCAACAGUUUAUCAAGACAUUAAAGUGUCCGUGAGCACUGAUUCUCAAAGCCACCAACCCGCUGCACAAUGUGACACCUUCAUGUCCAACCACAGAGAGCAUCAGCAGCAAGCUUUCAACAAGAGGCACUGCCGCAGUUUUGACUUCCUUGAAUCCUUGGACGACAGUUUAACCCAACCCUCAAAUAUGGAGGCAUCUCAACGGGGGCCACACAGACGUGCUGGGACCCCUGAACCAUUGUCUCAGCCUGUGAGUAGGAGGGCCACCCUCAGAUCCGACACCAGAUAUACAUCUCAGGGGGUAGACACAUCAAAGGAAUCUGCCAAAGAACCGAGGAGAAGACCAAGAUCAAAAAGUGCACCAAGGGUCAAGACAUCUUUCACCUCAGUCCCAAUUCAAAUGUCAUCUUCUCAAUCACCUCCUCCAUCAGCCAGGAGAGGUAGAGAAGUCCAUCGAGCCUCUCGUGAACCUCAGAAGUCUGUAGCUUCCCCUAAAAGAGAGGCCAGCUAUGCCUCCACAAAAGUAUUAAUGAAUGAGGUGCAUCCCAUAAAAUUACAACCGCAACGCAAUAGCGCAAGCCGAAUUUCCCCACUUUUUGUUAACAAUUGUAUGGAAGAUCCACAGGUUGCAAAACAAAUGUCUAGCCCUCAUGUCCGCUGCCGGGUGGACAUAAAGCCUGAUGACGCAGUUCUUCAGCAUGCUGCACAUGGUUCCAAACCAUGCCAGGCCUGGGGGGAACCACCCCAUUGCACAAGACAACCAGGCACUCCCAGGAGCCUGGCUGUGCCAACUGCAAGACUGAUAUCUGUGUCUCGGACACCAACACCCAGUGAUUCUCACAGUGGGGAUCACAGGAUGACACAUUUCCCAUGUACCACUGGAGGAGAGAUGUACACACCUGAUUUUCGAGGUAUCCCCUACCACAAUGUUCCAUCCCCAAGAGAAUUUUCACAGUAUGCCAACAGGGACUGUGGCCAGUAUAGUAGUCCCAACAUCCCUCCCUCAUACUUUUACGCAGAGGAGGAUACCAGCUACAGUCAAAACAUGCCUGUCAAAAGCAGGGGCUGUUUCACUUACCCACAUCAGUUUGCAGACCCUGGUGUUUCUACUCACACCUACUACACUGAUGAAACGCCUAGUGGUCCACCUAGGACAUUUUAUAUUGAAGACCCUCGACCCUAUCCUAUUCAGGAAGCCCCAAUAAGGACGUUUUAUGGAGAAGAUCCUCGUUUUUACCCUCCUCGCACUAUUCCUGCCAAAACCCACUAUGGGGAAGACCACAGAUCUUAUCCAAUCCAGAGCACUUCAUCUAAACUCUACUUUGCUGAGGACAUUGCAAAGUAUUCAGAAAGGGAUGCUAUCUCCAGAACCUAUCCAUAUCCUAGGAGUACGCAGCCACUGCAAUUCAGUGAAUGGUAUUUUCCAGAUCAAAACGCAAUACCAUACCCAACCAUUCCGAUGUCUCCUUUCCCUCAACAGACUUCUGGGAGGGAGGCAAUGCUUUCAUCAUGGCAUGCUUCUUAUAGUAUGAAUCAACAGAGAUUAGGGACUGAUUCCAGGAAUUACUCCAGAUCAUGGGACAAUAUUUUGAAUCCCAGCGGGCGCAAAGAUGAUCCACUUUCCCGUGGCCGAAGCUAUGAGAAUUUGUUGUGUCGUGAACGACGUGCCUUAUCUCCAGAUGACCGACGCCAGCCUGUGGUUGUAAAUCUUUCUUGCUCUCCAAAGCGGUAUGCUGCCCUGUCUCUGUCAGAAAACUCUAUUGUGGAGAAGGUUCAAACUGAUGGAGGAGGUGGCAGAUACACAAUGGGAAGGUCAUGGUUUGUCACACCAGAGAUCACUAUUACAGACAAUGAUUUGAGAGCUAAUGGGGUGGGGAGAGGGGAGAGGCGUUCAGCAAGCUGGGAUGUGAUAGACUCAGGUGUCUCGCCACCAGCUUACCCAGUUCAUGCCGCCUAUCCUACCAAAGAGAAGAUGCCAAGCAGAUCCUCCCGGCACCGCAGUCUUGAGCAGCUUGAUGAGCUUAUCGCGGACCUGGUAAUUGAUUAUAAACCACCUUCAAGCCGCCGCCCCAGCGAGGCAGAUGCUCUUGCAGAUCAGUUGAGAAAACUUAUUAAGGAAGACAUGAUAGGGAUCCCAAGAAAAAGCGAGCACUAUGGGCACAUGGCACAUUUACCGCAGAGUAGGCCUUUAAAGGAACAGCCAACUCCCACAUUCCCUGAUUCCCAAAGAGGCCAAAGGAGGGGAGCAUUCCCUGAGGUACCAGUGCCCAGUCCUCACAAGCCUCUUGAAGAUUGCUCCCCAGAUCUGAGUGCUGAUGAGGAUGACCUGCUGACCUGUUCUAAUGCCAAGUGUAGACGCACAGAGACAAUGUUCAAUGCUUGUCUGUACUUUAAAUCUUGCCACAGCUGCUAUACCUACUACUGCUCUCGAAACUGUCGUCGUGAGGACUGGGAUAUUCACAAAGAAAGUUGUAUCUUUGGCCGCAUGGGCAGCGUAUGUCGCCAUGUGCUCAAAUUUUGCAGAGAGAACACUGAUGUUCACAAGGCUUUUUCCCGCAUUGCCAAGGUGGGGUAUCUUUCACGAGGUAGAGGAGUGCUUUUCCUAGGUUUUCCAAACCCAGGUUCAGCAGAUAACUUUCUGCAACUUGGCCUAGAGGGGCUGCUGAUGCCUCCCACAUACUUAUCGCUGAGGGAGCUGGAGAGCUACUCAGACAAUUUAGGAGAACAUGCCAAGGAGCUGCAAGGGGCCGGCAGCCAAUAUGACCCCGAGGAAUGUUUCCUAUUGAAUGUAACUGUGGCAGUGGGACAGGGAGGACCUGACCGUCUAUCAUCAAGAGCUCAUCACAUCCCUACUGUCCGCAAGUAUGCCAAAGUAGCCUUAGCCUCUUCUAGUCCAGAGAGGAAAAUCACAAAAAAAGAAAAGGACAUGGAGACCCUUAUUCUGACCCCUCCACCGGGCACAGCUGACUUGGACAAAGAGGGAGAAGAAGGGAGGAAGGCCAGAGAGGUCUGCUUCAUACAUAUCCAGCGGGAGCUGAGGAUCAGAGGGGUAUUCCUUCGACAUGAGUAUCCUAAGAUCUACCAGCAGCUGUGCGAAUUUGUAGAGAGCAACAAAAGAUUCACACCCACAACCAUAUACCCCAUCGACAGGAGGACUGGAAAACAAUUCAUGUGCAUGCUCAUGGCAGCUUCGGAGCCUAGAACUCUUGAUUGGGUAGCCAGCCCCAACCUGCUGGAUGACCUUAUGUAACUCCAGAGCAAUCUUGGUCCAGAACACAAUUCCAUGGACUGUCUCCUUAUUGUUUCACUUAUCCUCCUAUUCUUUUGUAGUUCCUGUAUUUUUUUUGUACCAGGAGUAGUCCUGUAAUGUAGAUAUCACAAAGGUUUAAAUGUCCUGAACAAAAUCAGGAUUAGUGCAAGUGGGAUGCAUGGGGAUGAAUUAUACAAAGUUGGAUACGGUUGUGUAAUAAUGUCUAAUAGGACCCUCAAUCUCGUUAAAGGGAUUAUAGGGAUACAUAGCCAGUGCACGUGGAAAUGUUACAUUUAUAUAAAUAGGACAAACUCUGUAGUCUGUGAGUGCCCAAAAUGGCCAGUGUAGGUCUUUAAGUCUAUUUUAUCGUAAAAUGAUAGAGUAGGUUCCAUCGUAAGGUCAAUUAUAUUGACUAUUAUCACCCUCAUGACUGGUGCUGAUCAGAAAGUACCGGUAAUUAAAAGGAACACUUUAUUUUAAAUAAUCUAUUUUUUAGUUCCCUAUGUUCCUUAAUCAUUUUAGAUUACCUGCUCUUCACUGCAGCCCAGUCCUCCAUCAGGAUUGAUGAAUUCUUUACAAUCAUGAUUCUCAUAGAGAAGCAACUGAGAAGUUACCGUGAUGGGCAGUCCAAUGCUUCCCUAUGAGAAGCAUGAGAUGCACACUCAACAUCUAGUCUAUCAGAUUCUUAUAGUGGGCGUAAAGCAGAUUCAAUGAUUGAAUCUAAUUUCAUCCAAAGCUUCUUGUGGUCAUCUGAGUGGCAGCCACUAGUAGGUUUGGGAUUUGUGAAAUGUAAGCAGUGCCCUUUCCCCCCAAAUAGCACGUUCUGUUUGCUAGGCUGCAAUGGCAGCAUCUACACACCAAAGCCUCUCCAUUAAGGUAAAGUGGUUUUGGUGCAUAGACUGUCCCUUUUAUAUCACUGAUUAAUUCCUAAAUACUGAAUGUUUUCUGCUACCUGCUGAAAACUGGUAACACUAUUCUCUAUUUUAUAUUAAUGGUUUAUUAUGGUGGUUGCAUUUCAUAGUUGAGAUAUUAUGACUGCAAGGCUUAUGUAAGUAUUUAUUUCAGAAGCAUGUUCGGCAUGGAUAGGGAAGGAUCAAUGGAAUAAAUUGAGAAUAUAGAGAUAGGGGUAGAGGUAGACACAACUAUAGGUAUUUAUUCAGUGAGAGGAGUCAACCUUUGGUGGUGUUUGGACACCCAGAGAGCACUGUCGAGUUUAUAAUUUGUAGAUAUAUUCAAACCUCAAUCCUCUGAUCAUCUUUUUACCACCUUGUGUUCUGACUACAAAGAGAGGAAGAUGAAAUAACAUCUACAUAAUUUACUACAGCAGAAAGAGCAACAGGGUAUUCGGUAAAGUGAGGAUUGUUGGAAAUUUAAAAGAAAUUCAAAGUGAAUUUCAAAUUUAAGCCCAAAUUUGCCAAACUGGAAGCAUAGCUAACUUAAAGAAUUCCUCCACUUUGGCUAUUUUGACUUUAAAUUUGUAAUCCACUUCGUAACAAUUCUUACUUGGUUGGAUAAUUAUGCUGGUCACCACGACCGUCUGAAGGUUACAUGCCCAUUGAUUGGCACCUAACACCCAACGCUUUAUUGAUAUUUUAUUUAGAAAGCAGUGCUUGCUCUGCUUGUAACCAGUUUAAUGGUGUCUUCAAAUUAGCAGUUAUUGUUUAGUGAAAAGGCAUGAUUUAGGUAUUUCUUCAAAUUUAGAAGUUCUAAUAAGUUCGUGAUUGAUCCCCUCCAAUUGGAAGUCACAACCUAGUCAACUCUUCAACUUUAAAACAAUUUGAAUAAAAUCUUUUAAGGAUCAUGAUUGAGUGAACACGUAAAA